AUGAGCAUCACCAUGCAGGGUUUGCGACUGCGCUCCUACAUGCUCAUGCCGCGCCUCCUGCCCACACAACGCGACUCUCUUCAAGCCAUAACUAUCUUCAAGGUACUCCCUCCAUUGGGUGCACCUGAUGGUGCUAUCCAACCGGGUCCACGUGGCCUCGUCUACCCGGUCUCUGUUUACAAUGCCACAUUUUCCCCCUUGCAAUUGUAG